AUCAACUACCACGCGCAUUGCCCAAGCCGGAAUUUUGUAUAGAAGGAAAAACAUUGAAAUUUGAAAUAUACGAUUCAAAGUAACUGUAAUGGGAGCUUUUAAUCAAACAUUAGUGACAGAAUUCAUCAUUCUCGGAUUUCCAAGCCUUCAGAAGCUCUACCCCGCCCUGUUCCUGAUUUUCUUAGUGAUCUACCUCUUCACUAUUACAGGUAAUGUUGUUAUCUUUUUGAUCGUAUUUUUAAACUACAAACUGCAAAUCCCUAUGUUUUUCUUCCUCAACCAUCUCUCUGCGAUGGAAAUCUGGUACACAUCAGUUAUAGUCCCCAAAAUGUUGGCUAACUUCGUUGCAAAGAGCAGAAGUAUUUCCUUCAACAAUUGCAUGAUUCAACUUUAUCUGUUUAGCUCCCUUGGGGCAUCUGAGUGUUAUCUCCUGACAGCCAUGGCUUAUGAUCGAUUCCUUGCUAUAUGUAAUCCUUUACAUUAUUCCACUCGAAUGACCAAUUCAACAGCCCACCAAAUGGCAUCUGGUUCAUGGUUCGGUGGAUUUAUUUCACCAAUUCUUCCAGUUGUAUUGAUAUCAAAGCUUGUGUACUGUGGCCCAAAUCAAGUCAAUUACUUUUACUGUGAUUCACAACCUCUGCUCAGAUUAUCUUGUAGUGAUACUCGGUUAACAGAAAUGGCUAUUACUACCUUAGCUACUGGUCUAAUUUUCAGCUCUUUUCUUCUCACCGUUAUCUCAUACAUAUUUAUAAUUUCUACAAUUUUACGUAUUCCCUCAGUCACUGGAAGGAAAAAAGCAUUCUCAACAUGUGCAUCUCAUUUAACAGUGGUCUUAAUUUACUACGGCACCAUUACAUGUAUGUACAUGCAGCCCAUGUCUAGAUUUUCUCUGGAUAUUAAUAAAGUACUGUCUCUGUUAUAUACAGUGGUGACACCAAUGCUCAAUCCUAUUAUCUACAGUUUAAGGAAUAGGGAAAUAAGGGAAUCUCUAGGCAAGAUCAUAAUUGGACUUAAAGCAAAGGGAUAUGCUACAUGA